AUGCACAUGGACGAAUGGCAAGCGAUUUGCACAUACACUGAGAGGCCUUUGAAGCCUUUGUCAAGAUUACACAGUACCACGCAAAGACUUGCCCCCGCUAGCUCUUGCAGUCCUGCAACAGCAGCAAGUAAUGCAGCACCUGGCAGAACUAUCCAUGCAAUCGCCACAAACGUACAAUUGAACACGAGAGCUAGAGAGGAUGCAAGGAAUGCAGCUAAGGAGGCGGUAGAGGUAGAUAAAGCCAAUCUGCAGAUGGCAAGACAGAUCAAAAGCGCAGGACCAAAGGAAGGUGGCGCUCUGAGCUACGCUGCGAUGGAAGCAAGGAGCGCAACACUAGCAGGUACAUCAGAUACACAAGUUACUAGAACGGCUCCUAUGCAGACGCAGCGUGAAGUCGUCGUGACUAUCAGAGACCCCAGUACAGUGCUCAGCCCGCGGGCGAUGAACCCGCGCAACCUCAACGCGCAUGUAGAGCGCUACCCACAUCCGGACCACUUCAUAUCUCAGGAUACAGACUUCAGAUUCUCGCUACCAUACCAUUAA